GCAGUUAAUCGAGCAAUUAUCCAAGCUUUCUCAAUUAAUGCACUAAUUAAGAUCGAUUUGCCAUACAAAAUUUCAAUUAUAAAUUGCUCAAUUGGUAAUUAAUUGAAUGUUUAAUCGAGUAAAAACUCCAAUGCAACUCUGUUAGGUAAGUUCGUUUUCUUAGUUUUGGUGUGUUCAGUGUUAAAUGACAAUCAGCUGUUUGACAUAAAUUUAUUAUUUUCUUAUUGGAACCAAAACAAUCAAAAACCAAAAAAAUUUAAUUUUAACUGCAGGAUGCAGAACAAUCUGAAUGUUCGAUUACCUCCAAAACCAAGAAAGAGGAGACUGGCUUGGGAAGAGGAUGGCGAAGUGGCCAUUCUUGAUGUGCAGGUGAAGUUGGCGAACUUCACGCAACGCUACAGAAAAGAGAAAUUGGCUAUGGGACCUUCUGGUGGAUCACCCUCAACGUGGCCUUUAUACGCAAGGGUGCACCAGAUAAUCGGUGGAUUUAAGGCCAACAUGUUUUGCGAGCUGACGCUUGAAAACAUCAGCGAAGCCGAUAUAGCAUCCCAGCCAUCACCACUGACCCCAGUAUUGCCGUCAUCACUCAGCCCAACAUUUUCCUCACCACUGGCAUCACCUCUUCCUGCUGUGCCAACCACACCGCUGCCUACACCGUCACCGCCGCUGUCAUCACCUCUCACUCCUCUGCCAACCACACCGUCACCACCGCUAUCAUCGCCAUCAUCACCAAUGCCUAGCAGCUCAGCUUCUGCGGUUGAGCCUAAAAGAAAGAAAACAAUGGGCACUUUACAGAAGAAAGUAUUAGAAAAAUUUGAUGGGUCGUCAGCGGAGAUAAGCCAACAUAUUCAGAGGAGUUUUUAG